AUGUAGAGAAACAUAAGUCUAAAUAAUUCUAAGCAAAUUGAAAACAAGAACAAAAGAAAUAUAAGGGUAUUGAAAUCAACAAUUAAUAUUAGUCUAAGACAAAUGAUGCAAAUGACCUAGUCAAUCAGAGGAUCAGAUAGUUGUAUAAUCUGAAGGAAUUUAUUGGUUCUGAUGUUAAAAAUCAAAGUUUGAAAUAGUAAACACAGGAUCUGUAAAAUUAAAUACAGCAAUUCAAUUAAUAAAUGCAAUAUUAACCUUAAUUAUAAUAAGAAAUUAAUCUGUUAAUUUAAGUAAAUUUAGAUAUUUUAUAAUAAUAGUUUAAUGAUAAAACUAAAGAUUUUGAUUAAUUGAAGGUAAGAUUGCAAAAUAUAGAAUGAUUUGGAGAGAUAUAAAAAUAGAAGUUAGAAAUUGAAAGAGGAUUGGGUUUUUGGAAAGAUAAAUAUUCAAAAUUAGAGAAUGAUUCUAAACAUCUUUAUGAAAUAGAAAAAAAGACUGAGGAUUUAUAAAAUAGAUUGACAAUAACAAAUGAAGAAAAUGUGAGAUUGGAGUAAGAAAAUAGGAGUAUAUAAUUGAAAUUUUAUGCAUUAGAUAGAUUACUGAAAAAUUAAGAAUAAUUAGAAAGGAAGAAAUAAAAUUAAAAAUCAACAAUUUAUAAUAUUAAAUAAUAAUUGAAUGAGAAGAAAAGAAUUAUAUAAUAUUUAGAUUUAGAAUUAGAUUUUAUUUAUUUUAAGAAUUAGAUAUUAAACCUAAUGAUGAAAGAAAUUAAAAAUAGUAGAAUUGGAAAAUAAAUGUUUGGCUUUAGAAAGUAAUUUUUUUGGAAAUAAUGAAAGAUUGUAUGUGGAAAGGAAUUAAAGAGGUUACAUGGAAUAAUAAUUUAAUUAUAAUAAGAAUAUUAUGAAUUGA